AUGCCCGACGAAAAAUAUACUCCGCUCGCGACAUCCCCGCCCCAAGAUUCACCCCCAACCUACGAAUCCGCCUCUCUUCAACAUGGUGCGCUCCCCAACCGUCCCACCUCCAAAUCCAUAUCGAGUCCCCCGGGUCCCUUACCACGCGGUCCCUUCCCUCUCGAUAUUCCCCUGUUGCAACAUUUGAAGGGAAAGAGAAUCAUACUUGCUUCUGCGAGUCCGAGACGGAAACACAUUUUGGCUUCGAUCGGCCUCACCAACCUCGAAAUCAUCCCCUCCCCCCUCCCCGAAAAUCUCUCCAAAGACCACCUCGGACCCUUCGAUUACGUCCUCCAAACCGCCAUCCAAAAAUGUCUCUCAGUAUACACACACUGUCUUGAAAACUCCCUAGCCAGCAUCCCGGACCCCUCCCUCGUCAUCGCCGCCGAUACCGUCAUCGUGACCAACUCCGGCGUCAUACUCGAGAAACCGCGUUCGCAAAGCGAUCACAUCCGCAUGUUGCAACGGUUGCGCGAUGAGAAAUCCCACAAAGUAUUCACCGCCAUUGCCAUACUGGCUCCGCGCGACGAUGCGCGAUACCCAGGGUAUAAUUGUGAGAAUGAGGUUGUGGAGACGAAAGUCGUGUUUGAUGCCGAUGUGGGCGAUGAGUUAAUAGAGGCGUAUGUGAAGACGAGGGAGGGGGUUGAUAAGGCGGGUGGUUAUGCGAUACAGGGGAUGGGGGCUAUGUUGGUGGAGAGGAUAGAGGGGAGUUGGGAUAAUGUGGUGGGGUUGCCGAUUAGGAAUACGGUGGCAUUGAUGGAGAAGGCGGUUUUUGAUCAGGAGGAUUUGGAUCCGGAAGAGAAUGAGGAGGGCGAUGAAUGA